AUGAUGAUAAGCUGGAAUGUUCGAGGGCUGGAUAAACAUGUUAGAAGCAUGGAGGUUGGAGCCCACCUCAAGAUGAAUAAGGUUAGUUGUAUUGCUUUGCUUGAAACUAGAGUAAAAAUAAAUAAUAAAGAGAAGAGUAGAAAGCAUCUGGGAUUAGACUGGCAUUUUAGUGAUAAUUAUGCACACCAUUUAAAUGGUAGAAUUUGGCUUGGAUGGGAUCACAGACUUUGGCACAUCAAAGAGAUAGGAGCUUUUGAUCAGUAUCUGCAUUGUGAAACGAUUGGGAUAUCUAUAUCUAAACCAUGGAUCAUUAUUGGUGAUUUUAAUAAUGUUUUGAGGAGUGAUGACAGGAUUGAAGGGUCUGAAGUCCAUGAGUUUGAAUAUAGGGAUUUGGAAUACCUGAUGGAGUCUUUAGGUUUGUUUGAACAUGAUACUAAGGGUCCUCACUUUACUUGGUCGAAUAAACAUGCUGAUGGUUUAAUCUACUCAAGGAUAGAUAGGGCCCUGUGCAACAGGCAGUGGUUCACAAAAUACCAGGAUAGUGUUAUUGAGAUUCUUCAACCACAUAUCUCUGACCACUCUCCCCUGAAACUCAGUCUAGAGACCACAACUGUGAGCCUGCAUAGAAGGAGAUUCCAAUUCCUGAAUGUGGUAAUUGAAAAUCCAGAGUAUAUGGAGCAAUUGAAAAAUAGUUGGCAACAAGAGAUUGUGGGGAGGCCUAUGUUUAGACUUUGGAAGAAAUUGAUUAGGCUCCAACCUGUUAUGAAGGCUCUUAAUAAGGCUGUCACUGAGGAGGUGAGGAAAAUUCAAGAGUGUCGUGAUAAACUGGAUCAGGCCCAAAAAAUGCUCCAGUCUGAUGUUAGGAAUCCUGAAUACUGUAGGAUGGUGAAACAUUGGACUGAGGAGUUGUUGAAGCAGACUGAGCUGGAAGAGAAAAUUUUGAAGCAAAAGGCCAAGAUUGACUGGAUUCAGUUAGGUGAUGGCAAUAAUGCAUACUUUUUUGCUAAUCUGAAAGCAAAGAACAAGUAA